ACACCGAAGAGCGAGCCCACCAUCGUCUUCGCCUCCCCUCGACGCCCUUCUUCGACCUCUCUCUUUCUCUCUCUCUUUCUCUUCCACCUUCCCCGUGCUUCGCGCCGCAAAGAAGAGUGAGUAGAUGGCCUCGAAGCUGAACCAGCUUCGGGCAAAAGCCGCUCAGGCUUCGCAACUCGUGACGAAGCACGGUUGCGCGUACUAUAAGGAGCUUUUGGAGAGCAACAAGAAGUACAUUGUGGAUCCGCCCACGGUAGAGACGUGCCAGGAGUUGUCAAAGAAGCUCUUUUACACGCGCCUCGCAAGCAUUCCUGGUCGCUAUGAAGCAUUUUGGAAGGAGCUUGAUGGCGUAAAGCACAUAUGGAAGAACCGCAAGGAUCUCAAGGUUGAGGAUGCCGGCAUUGCUGCCUUGUUUGGGCUCGAGUUGUAUGCAUGGUUCUGUGUCGGUGAGAUCGUAGGAAGAGGGUUCACUUUUACUGGCUAUUAUGUUUGAACAAAGCCCAGUUAAAGCCUGUUUACAAUUGAGAUCUUCUUUUUAGUAAUCACUUGUUUAAUAAUUAGGUUCGCAACCUCAUUUUUACCAUGCGGAGUUUUGUUUUCCUAAGAAAUUUUGGUGCUGGUGAUCAGCCAUAAGCAUUUCAUUGCGGCAAUAAAUUUUACCAGCUUGUUAAUCUUUC